AUGAAGUUCACAGGCAUCUUCGUCACUCUCAUGGCUGCCACCGCCGUCAGUGCUUCAGUCCUGGAGGCGCGUGAUGCGUGCGGAGCCGGCUAUGAUCCCGCUCAGAGACGUACAAACAGCCCCUGCCAAGCAUCCAAUGGAGACAGACACUUCUGUGGCUGCGACAGGACCGGCAUUGUCGAAUGCAAGGGUGGAAAGUGGACAGAGAUUCAGGAUUGUGGAACCAACUCCUGCAGCGGUGGUAUCGAGGGUGGAGCCAAGUGCUAG